AUGGCUAUCAAGAUGAGGAAGGGCCACCCUGCCUUAGCAAUAUACUGGUUUCUUUACCAGCGUACCAUGACCACUAACCAUAGACCUACAUUGGAAGCAAAGCGAGGUAAGUCGCAGUCUAUACGAGAUACUAUUUCUCAUUCUAGAGCCUUGCCCCAGCAAACCCAGUUGAAGUACAGAUCUGAUAUAAGCAUAGAAGAAGGUACUCGAGCUGUGGAAGAAUUAAAAGCAGAGUUAAGCGGAAAUAAAAGAAUAGCCACAGAGAGCUUAGUACCCUUGAAAAGAAGAAAAGAAGAUGAAGUAAUAAUCCCUAAAGAAACGAAAGAGUUAAUAACUGCUUCCUCCAGGGGCGAUGACGAGGCAGAAUCUGACUCAGAAGUACCAUCGGAGUCAGAGUCGGGGUCCAGCCUGAGCUACGAUUCUCAAUCAGAUUCUGAUUCAGAUGAUGAAGACGAAACUGCUGCUCUAAUAAAAGAGCUACAGAAUAUCAGAAAGGAAAGGGAAAUCAAAAAGAAAGAAGAAGAGGCAAAAAUUACCAAAGAUGCCGUUUUGACGGGUAAUCCUCUAUUAAAUAUAGCUUCACCCUCGACUAAUAGCACCGGAGUAAAGAAAAGCUGGAGAAACAGUACUGCUUUCAACUCAAAAUCUUCGGCAAUGAAUGAGACCGCUAAAAACGACGAUGAAGCUUACACCAAUAACUCAUUGAAAUCCGAUACUCAUAAGAAGUUCAUGUCUAAGUACAUACGAUGA